UCCUGCCCCUCCCGCGAGGGCGGCCCGAAAACCCGGAGCGCGGGAGUACUGCUCCGCCGGGCCGGGCGGCAGCACUGGGCAUGCUCAGUAGCCGGGGCAGGUUUUUCGGUCGCAAGUAGGAAGCUUUUUGCACUACACCGGAGACCGGGAGCCACGGAUCCCGCCGCCGCGCCCGCACCGCCGCCGCGCCCUCCCCAGCCCGUCCGGCCCCUGGCGGGCGUGAUGAGCCCGCGCCUGAGCCUCAGCCGGCCCUCCGGGCACUGAGCGCGGGCGCCCAGGGCGCGUUGCGCAGCUGCUCCUGCGCACAACCCCGCUGCCGCCGGCCCGCACCGGCCGCCCGGAGCGAGAGGCUGGUCCGUGCACUGCGCCCGGCGCCGGCCGCGGAGCAGGAAGCGCAGGCCACGCAGGGACCCAACUGGAACAAAGUGUCUGCCGCCGGGUGCCGCGCCCCGACCCCGCCGCGCCCCUGCGCCGCCCACCAUGGCCUCCGAGGAGCUGUACGAGGUGGAAAGAAUUGUCGACAAAAGGAAAAACAAGAAAGGAAAAACAGAGUAUCUGGUGCGUUGGAAAGGCUAUGAGAGUGAAGAUGACACGUGGGAGCCGGAGCAGCACCUGGUGAACUGUGAGGAAUAUAUCCAUGACUUCAAUCGGCGCCACAGUGACAGGCAGAAGGAAGGUAGCCUGGCCCGUGCCAACAGAGCCUCCCCCAGCAACGCCCGGAAGCAGAUCUCCAGGUCCACCCACAGUAACCUCUCCAAGACUGCCCCCAAAGCACUUGUGGUAGGCAAAGACCAUGAAUCCAAAAACAGCCAGCUGUUGGCUACCAGCCAGAAGUUCAGGAAAAACACAGCCCCAUCUCUUGCAAACCGCAAGAACAUGGACCUUGCCAAGUCAGGGAUCAAGAUUCUCGUGCCUAAGAGCCCUGUAAAGGGCAGGACCUCGGUGGACAGCUUCCAGGCGGAGAGUCCUGAGAAGCUGGACCCUGUGGAGCAGGGUCCCGAGGACACCACAGCACCAGAGGUGACUGCAGAGAAGCCCAUUGGAGCUUUGCUGGGCCCUGGUGCAGAACGAGCCAGGAUGGGGAGCAGGCCCCGAAUACAUCCACUAGUGCCUCAGGUUGCUGGCCCCGUGACUGCUGCCAUGGCCACGGGCUUAGCUGUUAAUGGAAAAGGUACAUCUCCGUUCAUGGAUGCCCUAACAGCCAAUGGAACAGCCACCAUACAGACAUCUGUUACAGGAGUGACAGCCGGGAAAAGGAAAUUUAUUGACGACAGAAGAGACCAGCCUUUUGACAAGCGGUUGCGUUUCAGUGUGAGGCAGACAGAGAGUGCCUACAGAUACAGAGAUAUUGUCGUCAGGAAGCAGGAUGGCUUCACCCACAUCUUGUUAUCCACAAAGUCAUCAGAGAAUAACUCACUAAACCCAGAGGUGAUGAAAGAAGUUCAGAGUGCCCUGAGCACCGCUGCGGCCGACGACAGCAAGCUGGUGCUGCUCAGCGCUGUGGGCAGUGUCUUCUGUUGUGGUCUGGACUUUAUUUAUUUUAUACGGCGUCUCACGGACGACAGAAAGAGAGAAAGCACUAAGAUGGCAGAUGCUAUCAGAAACUUCGUGAAUACUUUCAUUCAGUUUAAGAAGCCUAUUAUUGUAGCAGUUAAUGGCCCAGCCAUUGGACUAGGAGCAUCCAUAUUGCCUCUUUGUGAUGUGGUUUGGGCUAACGAAAAGGCUUGGUUUCAAACACCCUAUACCACCUUCGGACAGAGUCCAGAUGGCUGCUCUACCGUUAUGUUUCCCAAGAUUAUGGGAGGAGCGUCUGCAAAUGAAAUGCUGCUCAGUGGGCGCAAGCUGACGGCACAGGAGGCAUGUGGCAAGGGCCUGGUUUCCCAGGUGUUUUGGCCAGGGACCUUCACCCAGGAAGUCAUGGUUCGCAUCAAGGAGCUGGCCUCAUGUAACCCAGUUGUCCUGGAGGAAUCCAAAGCCCUGGUACGCUGUAACAUGAAGGUGGAGCUGGAGCAGGCCAACGAGAGAGAAUGUGAGGUGCUGAAGAGAAUCUGGGGCUCGGUCCAGGGCAUGGACUCCAUGUUAAAGUACUUACAGAGGAAAAUCGACGAGUUUUGAGUGGCAGGCUGAGCAGGACAUCAGUGGCUCCCACUUGCCACGGCCAUCCUCAACAGUAGCUCGUGCUUGGAAGCAGGACUGGAAACAUCCAAGCUAUUUAUUACCAAGGAGUUUUUAAGUACUGUAACUUUAAAAUAACUACAAAGCUU